CCGCGCCCAAUAGGCGGCGAGGAGGCCCGGCGCGGGCGGGCGCGUGGCGGCGGCCCCCCGCAGCGGCCGGUGCGGCGGGGCGGGGAGCGCCGGCGCCUCUCGGCGGCCGGGGCGCAGCGGGGUGGCGCGGGUGCCCCUGCGGGCCGGCGACGGGCGCCAUGCUGCUUCGCCUGGUGGCCGAGUUUGACCUGCAGAGGGACGUGGUCCCGUGGCUGGCGGCGCGGGGCUGGGCCGCGGCUCUAGAUACUUCUGAGAAUUCAUCAGCACUCUAUGUUGUAAAUGUUGAAAGAAAUGGAAAAAUUAUUUAUACCUGGAAGGGAAAUCAGAGAAAUACCCACAUUGGAUUGUAUGAUCGUCAAACUAAACAAAAUGAGCACCUCUAUAUGUUUGAGAGAGAUCUGCACAUAAUCAGUUGCUCGGUCAACAGCGAAAGGACAUUAUUGGCUGUCAGUUUCCGUCAAUAUACAGAGGAAGAAAGAGUAAGUCGGCUACUGCAGUCAGUAUCCAAAUAUUUAACCUUGCUAAUUGAAAUUCAUCCCAUUAACAACGUGAGAGUCCUAAAGGCUGUGGAUAGCUGUGUUCGAGUACAGUUUCUUUAUCCAGAUGAAGGCAGAUGUACUUCUACAGAAAGUCGUCUCUUGCUAGCUUCAGAAGAUAAAUAUAUUGAACAAUUUGACAUCCAUGUUGUUGCAGAAGAAGAACACAAAGUGGUGAUUCAAAACUCAGGUCAACUUCCAAGAGCCAGAGUUGCAGACGAUCUUAUUUGGGCACAGUGGGAUAUGAUGGAACAAAGACUCUUCUACAUUGUUCCAAAGGAAUCAAGGAAUACUUUAAAAUGUGUCCAGUUUUAUCCUGAUGAAAAUUUUAACUCAGUACUGGAAUCGCACUUGGAUAUUUCUGUACAUGACACAAGAUUAAAACUUGUGAAUUUUGGAUAUGAUUACUGUCAAGACCGAGAGGUUGCACCUAAAUCUUUGAAUCUUCAGGUUUUUACAAGUAAAGCAGGAGGCUUGUGUGUGUGUUGCAGUCUAGCCUCCGAUAUUCCUGAUGAAAUAACAUAUUCCAUAUAUUUCUUACAUAAAGGUUACAACAAAACCUUUACAGUCUCUCUAGAAAGAGCAGAAACCCAUCAAUUGAAGGAAGUGGCUUUUUUGAAUCUUGAUUAUUAUGUGGCUGCUUAUUUGCCUGGCCAGUUCCUGCACCUCCUGAACAUUCAACAUCCUGAUCUACUGUGCUAUAGUUUGUUUCUUACAGGUGAGGAUGCAAGAGUUGACAUGUUGCCCAGCUGCUCCAUCCAAUCUCCGCUUGUGUCAACCGUCCUGGAUUGCUGUGCAGGAAGCAUCUAUGCAGUGAGCAUCAGUGAUACUGCCUUACUACAGUUCCUACGGAACAGCAAGCAAGACAGCGAGAGACUGGCAGCUCUGCAUUGUGCUCUUCUAUGUGUCGGAAGUACAACAGACUUGGAAACGCAGAUUAUUUGGUGGAUUUCCGAGAACCUGUCAACAUGCCAUACUUUUGACCCCAUUCAAGAAUUUAUCAUUGCCUCCCUGUACUGCAGAAUGUGUCCAGAAAUGCACAACCUGGAUAAACUUUUGCCAUACACAUCACUGCUUGACUGGAUUGGGGUUAUCCCUGGAGUAACAUGUGCAACAGACAUUAUUUCUCUACCUAUACUAGGGGUUCAAAACUCUAAAGGCUUCUGGGACAAACUUAACUCAAACCUGGAAAGUGUGAAGUAUGCAGAGCCACACUUACAUUACCACAACAAUGUCCUGAGGAGGGAAUGGCUUAACCUUUCAGAAGAGAAAGAGGAAAGAAGAACCACAGCAUAUUUGAGGAAUAUUCUUGAAAAUGCAAAAAAGGUGCUGUCUCAUCUGGACACUUGGGACUGUGAGGAAAGGCUAACACCUCUCUUUCAAGAGGAAGAUUAUCAGCAGCAGUUAUUAAUGGGACUGAUGGUCUCUCAGCUAAAGGAUCACCUUAUGAGACAUCUACAGUAUGUAGGAAAAAAGAAGAUUGACCAAAUAGUUUUGGAUUACGUUGCAAAUCUGCUGAAUUUGAUCCAUCGAAUGAUGAAGGAAGUUUGGAGGAGAUAUGAGCUUCAUUCCUGCGUCUUCUGCUUUGAUAAGCGAGGAAGUGCAGCAGAGUUUGCAGUGUUCCACAUCAUGAGUCGGAUUCUGGAAGCUGCAAAUGGCAUGUGCUUGCCUUUACCUCCGGGUUUUCACACUCUACACUUGGGGCUUGGUGUUCGAUGUCUCCCUCUGCACACCCUCCUGCACUACAUUGAUACUGGAGUCUUGCAUUUGACAGAAGUGUGUGUCAGGAAACUGCUGAAAGAUCUGGACAACACUGAGAAGAAUGAAAAGCUUAAGUUCAGUAUUAUCACAAGGCUUCCUGAGGCUCUUGGUCAAAAAGUCUACCAGUUUUGGAAUCACCCAGUAAAUGCUAAUUUCAUUGCACGGAAGUAUGUGAAACUCUUACUUCAGAAGCUGGGGAAUGGACAGUGUAGCAGACCUGUGCCUGAGAGACACUCCGUCCCUGUAGAGUUUUUGCCACUUAAUUACCUGACUAAUACGCUAGCAGGGAUAGAGAAUCAAGGUUUGCAUCCAUGCGAAAAGGAAGAUCAUGUUAAUACAAGAUUUGUAGAGGAAACAGCACUGAGACACACCAUGAUGCUCUUGGGCCUCAAGUAUUCCUAAAAGACAGCUUUCUUCAACAGCAUGUCAACUUUGCUACUCCUACAAAAGUACUCUCUCAGAACUGUGAAACCAACUUUAUAUAUUUUUUUAAGUUAAAUGUAGUGUUGUUUUCCAGAUAAUCUGCAGAUUUGAGAUUCCACCAUUACUGAGAGAAAAAGCUACUUAAAAUAGUGUUUGGUGCAGUGUACUAAGGAGUGACUGGAUUGAAAUUACUGACUUGUAGAUAAAUCCUAGAGAAAUGCAUCUGAUGCACAUCCAAGUUUCUGAUGAAAUAUAUCUGUGGUUCCAUUUUAUCUUGUGGAGUGGUCAAAUGGAGCUACAGCAGGUAUUAAAACAGGCUGUGAAAAUGGUUAACUAUUUUAACAAGCAGGAGAAUCCUGAAAAAGGUAGUCCAGUUGUAUUGUGAAGGAACUGGCAACUGUUUACUUGUUUGGGUUAAUAAAAGGUUUUCUUGGUGCAAUUACGUGAAAUAGGUAAGAAUAACAAAUGAGGAAUCAGUCUUUGUGUAUGAUGCAUCAGCAAUGAUGUAUUCAUUCGUUGUGGUGAUCAUGUGUUAUCUUACAGUACUUCUAGCUUUGGGGUUGUAUUCUAAUGUAUUCAGUUUUAUAAUUAGCACAAAAUACCAUCUCCUUUAAGUGCAUGUGA